UGGUAAUACCUAUUCCCACAGAAGGAUUCGUCUGUGAUAAAAACGCUUACUGUAUGACGUCUCUAAUAGUUGAAAACGCCUUUACAAUGAUUGAUCCGUCUGAGGGACUGGUCUAUGCCAAAAAUAGAUCAUUGUAUCCAGUAGACGGAGAGAAGGCUGUUGAUCUAAUAAAAGUAAUAACUGCUGAUGGUUGGAAUACAACAAGACCGCUCAUUACUGUGAACGGAACUAUGCCAGGACCCCCAAUCUUUCUCUACCAGAAUCAGACGAUUACCAUCAUAGUAAAGAACAACUUGAUAAACGAAGGCGUCACCAUUCACUGGCAUGGGAUAGACCAGCUUGGCUGGGCUGCCAUGGAUGGAGUAGCUUUUGUGACCCAAUGUCCUAUUUUACCGGGACAGUCUUUUAACUACACGUUUCAGCCUCGUUUUACUGGUACUUAUUGGUAUCAUUCCCACAUGGGCAACCAAAGAGAUAUGGGUUUGUAUGGGGCCUUCAUUGUUUUAAAGAGGGAAAAUAAUAUACCGAUUCAACAGCAACACAUUAUUCAGCUAAUGGAAUGGAAUCAUUUGUAUGACCCAAUAACAUUGCUUUUGGCAAACACAAAGGGGAGGAAAAAAGAUAGCAUUUCAAUUUUAAUAAAUGGAAGAAGUGAGUUCGGCAGCAACAUGGCACCACUCGAAAGUUUUCGCGUUGAUAAGGGAGACAAUCAUGUAUUCCGACUGAUAGGAGUAGGAUCAGAAGAAACACUUCUUUUUUCUGUACCUGGCUUACGCCUUAUUGUGAAAGAGACGGAUGGCUAUCAAAUUGUAGAAACAACAGUCGACAGAAUUAUCAUAUACCCUGCAGAAAGAUAUGAUUUCCAGCUAGAUCUGCGGUAUGCAAGUGAGGGAACUUACAACAUAACAGUGCACCUCCUUCAGGGGAGGGCACUCCAAAUCCUCGAUACGCCUGUGGGUCUCGGUUAUAUCAACGUAAGUAAUAGCCAGUCCUUACGAAAUUACACAUUAAAUAGACAAUAUGAAAUAAUUCUCAACUGCCCUUUCAAAGAAUAUCCCCAUCACCCAGAUUUUCUUUGUCUUCCAGUCUCUAAACUUCAAUCAAGGAAUCCUAAUUCCGGAUUUGAAUUUGAUUCACUUCUAGUGGAAAGAACAGACGAAGUUUACACUCAUUUCUUGAACUUUGGUUUUCCUGAACAAUCAUCUAUUAAUGGUCGAAAAUUUAUUUGGCCCACUGUUUCCGCUCUUUCACAGCCUUCUGAGCUGGACACAACAUGCUCGGGAUGUGAUGAUGAGUCAUCUUGUGAAUGCUCACAUUCACUAAAUCUCAAAUCAGGAUCCGAGAACAUCAUGAUUCUAUCUAAUUUUGGUACAGGAAUGUCCAGAACACAUCCGGUGCCUAUGCAUGGUCAUACAUUUGAGGUUUUGAAAAUGGGAUUUCCUUCUUUUUCCUUGGAUGGCAAGGAUAUGAUUCCCAAUGAAGAUAUCCAAUGUAGUGAGAGUAAACCUAACAACGAGAGUCAAUGUAAUAACGCUAGAUGGAGAGAUCCGUCCUGGAAUAACUAUAAAACGAUCCCAGGGAUCAACAAUUUAGACCCCGUUCGCAAAGACACCGUUAUAACUCCUCAAGGAGGAUACACCGUCAUCCGAAUAAGAGCCACCAACCCAGGUGUCUGGUUUAUGCAUUGUCACAUCGAUCCGCACAUGAUCAAAGGAAUGGCUCUAAUGCUGAAUGAAUCAUUUGAAAAUAUAAAAAAUUUACCCAACGGACUACCGACCUGCCAUAGUUUCAGUAAUGAUAGUCCUUUCAAAGUGUCACAACAAACAGCUGCCAGGAUCCCUUCAGUACCAUCAAAUAGUGAUGGUGCUGCUUUAGCUGUUUUGGGAAUUAUAAUAGGAUUCCUCUCUGUGGCGCUCAUUCUGACCUGUAUGUUUCUUUUGAAAACACGUAAAAUAAAUCGGAAACUAUUAGAAGACAAGUAUCGAGAGUCACUUGGGAAAAAAUCUAAAGAAACCAAGGAAUCUGAAACAUUUAUAUAA